AUGUUCCCCACCGUUUCUCUAAUUUCGGUUUCUGUCGCUUUGGCGAGCGUUGUUUGGGCACAGACUUUCCCGGCUACCCCUCUCGCCUCCAAGUCUUUCCCGUGGCCCACUGGUGUUCCUUACCAAGCAGAUACAGAAAACUUGGUUCGAGGAAGGCAAACUGGUUACAAUAUCUGUAACAGUACCACCCAGAACCAAGAUUCACUCUGCCAGACUUCAUUCAUCAACUCCAUUGAUGACUUCUGUAUUUGGGGACCUAAGGACCCCAACUCUGUUGUUGGGGACACUGAAGGCGAGGCCGUCGCAUGGUGUUCAAAGCCAGGACACGGCGGUCGCCUUAUCCCUGAGGGCACACUGAAAGGGUUGCAAUGGACACGCACACCCGAUUACGUCCAAAUCGUUGGACACAUUGACCAGACGAGGAUCAACAUGGCCGCUGGGGAUUUCGGUGGAGAGAUGGAUCCUCACGGUGCUGACUUGCGCGGAAACCCUAUCGGCGGCCUUGUGUACUCCAAUGGGUGGUCGGGAAACAACGAUAGCUACACCCAAGUUAUCGAAUGGCACAACUUCGUCGGCAACAACUUCUUCUGCUUCAAGGCCUGCGAUCCGUCAAAGACCAACGCCGCCGCGUUCUGCGAACACACCCUUGACCGUAUCGGCUGCGCGUACAACGCCCCCAACAAUGCUCAAGAGGGCGUCUUCGAAGCGUGCCAGGGCGAGAACCAGGACUUCCCUGGCGUGUACACCGUCAACGGCGUCGCCACCACCUACAGACAGCCCCCUGAGUCGCUUGGUGCUAUCACCACCAUGCCCUACACCGCACGCGUCCCCGCCAGCAGCAACUGCGUGACGUACAGCAGCGCCGAGAUAUUUGCUGCCCUCGCCUCUGUCAGCCCUGACGCCAGCGUUACCCCCUCGUCUUCGAGCGGCACCGCUAGCACCAGCCAGCCGACAUCGUCUGCGCCCUCCUCGCGGGCCGGCACCUCGUCCGGCACUGCUGCAGGCGCCAUCGAGACAGGCAACGGUGCCGACAUCGUUGUCAUGUCAGGCAUCGUCACCACCCUCGGUGUUGUAUUCUCUGCCCUCUUCCUUUCAUGA